CGACCUCAGCCUGUACACUUCGCAGAUCAACGCCGUGCACAAACCAGUGCAGAGCUCUUCACAGUCUCCUGGGCGCGACCAUAAAGGCGGGGUCUCAAAAUCGCAUGGAUCGCUGCACGGGUACGGCCACCAGGCACCACCUGAAACGAGUGGAUAUCAUGGAUACAACCAGCCAACCGUCCCCGAAUCCAGAUCUGGAUAUUACGGAUACAGCACACCGAGGUCAGGGGAUCCACUUCUGGGGCCAGCUCCUGGAUAUUACGGACGCAGUAAUCCAUCCAGGCCAAACGAUGUGCUGGACCCGCCUUAUUCUGUGUACGGUAAACCUGUGCUGGUCGAUGCCUCUAUAAGACCGGGUUAUUUGGAAUACAACAAAUCCAGACCGUCUGAUGCUUUCUAUAACUACGACACUCCUCCGACCAGCUCGGUGCAACACAGACACCACGGCACUGACCGGGCGAGGUCAGUGGAACCUGUUGGAUACAAGUCUAUCAACAAGGAUCCCGUAUCACACGAUAUACUUCAGCAGGGAAGAUCACCUUUCAUCUACACGGGCCACGUGUUUGGGGUUGACGAUCGCCAGUCCCGCGGGACCGGGUACCCGUCAUCUCGCGGGGUUUCCCACCAGCACGAGAUCGCGACAAGUUUCCUCAGCUCGGACGGCCAGCCCUCGUACAGCUCCUCGCGUCACCCGUCCAGCGAUAAGUCUCGUCACG